AUGCCUGAAUGGUUCAAGAAGAAGGCCCAGGGAGAUUACCAGAUACCUUCUGAGUCCAUUUGCGAGGAGAAAGUCCAGUCGAAGGGAAAGACGGGGAAAUGGGGUCAAAAAUUCUUUGCCUGGUGUACUUAUCCUGCUUCAGCAAAGAAGCAACCAGGGCGCUCUCCAAAAAGCAAGGAGAAAGAACCGUCUUCUAACACCCAUCUGGAGACAGAAGAUGGCCUGAGUCCUUCUCAGCCAAUUAUCAAGAAGAAAAUCAACCCUAAAAAAUGGCCGAAAAAAUUGGAACGAGCGGUCGCUGACGGAUGGAAGCGCCUAACAAAACCUAAGGAUCUCAAUGGGGAACCUGCUCCAAGAAACAAGAAGCAACCAGAGUCUUCUGCAAAAAGCAAAAGGAAAAAAAGGUCUUCUACCAUUUUUCCAGAGACUGGCAAUGUGGCCAAUUCUCAGAACAAAGUGGAAGAGCCUUCCUCUGAGCCAGAUUUCGACGAUGAUUUGGAUGAUUCAUCCGAUUCAGAGAGCUCCCUGGACGAAGCGGAAUCUCUUCUGAACACUUUCCACCCCUCGCCUUUUGCACCAUUGCAGGUGAAAUCAUGUUACCAUGAUAUAUGUAAAUUUGUCUGGAGUUUGCCCCGUGAAACGGUCAUGGAUAUAGCGGAUGGUAUGGCUGAGAACCACCUGGACCUCUUUUUAGAGCAUGCCUUGGAAUCGGGGCAAAGGGAAUGUGUUCAUCUCAUGUUUGCAGUACUGAUCUCAUCCAAGUGCGAUUUGGAUCAUGUGUUACACCGCUUGAUUUGCAUGAUUGGUGGGAAACCUUGCUCUUUUCCAGUUGAGAAGACGAAAGAGCUUGAGAUGAAGGUAUUGGCAAUCAGAUUCAUUGCAGACAUAAUCACUCACAUCCCUCAGAAAGAAAGGCUGAAUGAAUGGAUCACAGAAUUCAGUUUCAUCUUUUUAAAUUUCUUGGCGGCACAAAACCUCAGACCUGGGAAGAUUAUGACUGAGGGCCACAUGACCAUAAAAAAUACAGCCAAUGUCAUUGAGUACAUGGAAAGGACAUGGUGCGUGCAGUGCUCCAUUUUUGCACAACACCGUGGCUUAAUUUAGGCGAACAAUCCACAUGCCGGACAAAAAGGCCAUCGCUUCCAGGAAUGCCAUGAUCCCAAAGGGAAGUUCCAGCAUUUGCAGGCUGCCAGAGGGAAAGUUCUCCACUAAAGUCACCAGAACGCUUGCAAGCCCCUCUAAAG